CAGACUUAGUAGCUUUGCAGUUCAAAGCUAGUGUGACUUCUUCAACCAUGCUCUUUCUUGAAGUCUAGAAUGAAACUGAUCUUUACGGUGUGGAAAUUUAAAAUAAAUAUCUUAAAUGGCAGAAGAGUUUUUAAUUCCACCAUCUGGCAAAAUAAUUCCGAGUCUUACAGGUUCACUGUUGGCUGUGGCUUUUCUUACUUCUUUUGGGAGCUCUAUGCUUUAUGGAUACAAUUUAGCUGUGGUCAACUCUCCUGCUAUGUAUAUAAAGAACUUCUACAACAAAACAGCACUGAGCCGCAAUCGAACUGGACUCAGCGGGGAGACCCUGACACUGAUGUAUUCGCUCACUGUGUCUGUAUUUGCUAUUGGUGGACUAAUUGGUUCCUUAAUUGUGGGAGUGCUGGUUUCUCGCUUUGGCAGAAAAGGCACAGUGGUAAAAACAACAGUUCUGGUGUUUUUUGCUGGUUCACUCAUGGGAUUUAGCAGAAGUUGUGGUUCACCUGAGAUGGUCAUACUGGGUCGUUUCAUCUCAGGAAUUCACUCAGGAAUCUCUUUAAGUGUAGUUCCAAUGUACCUUGGUGAGAUAGCACCAAAGAACCUCAGGGGGUUUCUGGGUUUAGUGCCAAGCAUCUUUAUAGGCACAGGAGUCUUCGCUGCCCAAAUCCUUGGACUACAUGAACUAUUAGGAAAGGAGGAACACUGGCCUCUGUUUCUCUCUGUGGUGGUGGUACCUACAUUUAUCCAGUUACUUCUGUUGCCUUGGUUCCCAGAAAGCCCCAGAUACCUCCUAAUCGAGAAGCACAAUGUCCAUGCUACAAUCACAGCUCUGAAGUCGUACAGGGCCAAUUGUAACAUCCAGGCUGAGAUUGAAGAGAUGCAGGAAGAGCAACGUUCAUUGUCAUCUGUGAAGACAUUGUCAGUGUGGAAUCUGCUCCUUGAUGAUUCAGUUCGCUGGCAGGUCCUCAGUGUUGUGAUCAUCAACGUUGGCAUGCAGCUCUCUGGCAUUGAUGCUAUCUGGUUCUACACCAAUGACAUAUUUGAAAAUGCGGGAAUCCCUAUGUCAGAGAUCCCAUACACGACAGCAGGCACAGGAGUUAUAGAGAUAAUUGCUGGACUUAUUGGGUGUUUCACCAUAGAGAAGCUGGGGAGGAGGCCUCUUUUGGUUGGAGGUUUCACCAUGAUGGGGAUCUGCAGUGCUGGAAUAACAUUUACCCUAAUUUUACAGACACGUUUAUCUUUCAUACAUUAUGUGAGUGUUUGCUGUGUUGUCGGCAUCAUCGCUGGAUUCUGUAUCGGCCCAGCGGGUGUUCCCUUCUUGGUUACAGCAGAGCUUUUUAAACAAUCCCACCGCCCGGCUGCCUACAUUGUGGGAGGAUCGCUCAACUGGCUUUCCAACUUUACUGUAGGCUUUGUCUUUCCUUUCUUACAGAUGUCAGCUGGGUCUUACUGCUACUUGGUCUUCGCCAGCAUUUGUCUGUCAGUGGCUGUUUAUGUCUACACAAUCAUACCAGAGACCAAAAACAAGACGUUCAUGGAGAUAAGUCGAUUGUUCUCCAAGAAGGAGCCCGUUCUAGAGACCCGGUGCCUUCUACUGGUGGAUCAGCGGAAGCUGAAGAAGAUUAAUGGCUAUGGAGGCCUGGAACAUCAUUCACUAGCAUUUGAGAGUUCUUCCUCUGUAUCUUAACAAAGAUUUAAAGUUUUACUCAGACUCUAGAUAGACUCUACUACUUGUGGAAUGCUCUUUAUACUGAAUUAGAUUUUUGCUGCAAAAAUAUGAUUGGGGCAAACAUCCUUAGCUUUUAAAACUGACGCUACACUAUGCAUAGAAUUGAACCUCUGAUUUAUUGCUUUCCUGAAAUAGACCUCGGCUUCUGUGACAUUGAAUGUGUGCAAUAUAAAUCUAGAAACAAAUUAAUACCUUUAAUAAAUAUUCUAUAUGACACAUUUCAACCUAAACCAGUUAUGUGGGACCCAGUUAUAGUGUUAUUGAUGUGACACUAUUUGACGUGUUUUUAUGCAAUUAUACAGUAUAUCUUAAUAUGAUCUU